UGGAAUGUUUGUUAUAUGCAACAUGGAUUUCCAACAUAUAAAUGUACUAAACUCUUUGUAUUAAGAAACAUUUAAUGUAGUUUAAUGUAGUGAUGUAAUUUAAAUGCUUUAAUGCAAUCUAAAGAUGACAAGGCGAGACAGGGAAGAACGCAGCCCAUUUGACAGGACAGGCUGAUCAGCUUUCUUUGGCCUGUUCAUUAUUCAUCACUUGUGCCUGAGAGGCCAUGGCACAUUCUCUUUCUCUUUCUUUUCUCCUCUCCUCUCCUUUCCUCAUUCGGCCUUCUGGAAGCAAACAUGUCGUACAUAUUGAAACCAUCGAUACCAUCUAAUACUGUAAAAGUUACAGAGGGACUACUGUUGAUCUGAUUCAACAUUUCGAGUCAUGAGUUUUCGCAAUGUUUGCAGCAGCCACUAAGAACUUUGUGAAGCAGGUGGGGGACACCGGGCGGCUGAUUCCCGUCCCGAGCCUCAGCGAGGCCGACCGAUAUCAACCUCUCAGCCUGGUGACCAGGAAGAGGAGGAGGCAUUUCUGGAAGAAGAACAAAUAUGGCUCGACACCAUUCUCGCUCAAGGACAUACUUGUGGGAGAAAAGGAGAUCACUGCAGGAGUGUCCUCUUACCAGCUUCUCAACUAUGAAGACAAGUCAGACGUGUCUCUAAACGGCCGUCUGGGCAACCAUCUGAUUCACGAAGUGGGCGUCAACAUCAGCGGUUCGGAUUCUGUGGCGGUCAAAGCGUCCUUUGGGGUUGUGACCAAACAUGAGGUGGAGGUUCCGACCUUACUACGGGAGCUGAACUCAAGGAAAGUCGACCUGGAUCACUGUCUGAUCCGUCAGUCUAAGGAAAGUGGGCGGACCGUACUGUGCGUCGUCAUGGAGAGCAUUCGCACCACGCGACAAUGCUCUCUCACCGUCCACGCUGGCAUGCACGGGGCUACCAUGCGGUUUCAGAUAGAUGACAUCCAUAAUCCCAGAGGCCGCGACAAAGCUAUUGUAAUUCCCGCCCACACAACCAUAGCCUUCAGCAUAUUUGACCUUUACGUGCGACUUGAUGGACGUCUUGAUAUCUGUGUAGCACCGGAGUCCGUUGGAGGUUUUGAGAGAGAACAGAUGCGCGAGCAGCUCGGAGGAUUCAUCGGCAGGUUUUCAGUCGGCAGGCUGCGAAGGUUCUUCUCAGGAAUCAUUUAUGGGAACCCCUUCAGAGCAGACGACAGAACGUUCGAGGAGCUCACGCACUCAGACCUGUACAUGGAUGACGUGGCGGAUUACUACGAGAAGGCGGCCAGCAUGACUGACCUGUCCAUGUCUUACAUGCGUGAGGACAAGCACACUCGAGUCAACCUGCUCAACCAUAACAUCCCCAAAGGCCUGUGUGCUCUCUGCAGCAAGUCCCACCAGCGCCGAGAGACCGUCUACGGCUGCCUUGAGUGCUCCUCUGGUGGGCAGAAGUAUGUGCGCCUACACGCCGUGCCCUGCUUCGACCUGUGGCAUAAAAGCUUACGGUGAGGACUCCACCUGCUGAAGAAUUACAGACUGCGGACGCCGAUUAUAUUUAGAAAAGGUCUAGGAUUAGGACAGCACCAGGCAUCUUGUACUUGAAAAUUCCAUGUGUCUUCAGUUCAAUUCAAUUUAAGUUGUAUAGCACUUUUAACAAGCUUUGCAGAAAUCCUGAUGCCUAAUGAACAAGCCAGAGAUGGCAAGAAGAAACUUCCUUGAGAGAAACCUGGAGAGGAAUCAGACUCAAAAUGGAACCUGUCCUCUUCUGGGCAACACCAGACUAGUGGGAUUAUAAAUCAUUACUGUAUACAGAGGAAAGGCAAACAGGACUGAGUGUGUUUACAGGAUGUUCAUUAUGUAGUAGAUGAGUGCAGGACGGUCUUUAUGAUUACAGCAGCAGCUCUUAGGUACAAAUCUACAAUAUCCAACUGAGAGUAAACACUGCAAAAGGCGGGACUUGGGCGUAAACCGGGUUUAAGGAAGUGCAAAUUUUUAAGGUGUACAUGUGGGACCAUCCACAGCAGCAGAAAAAGUUCUUCUUUUUGAAAUAAAAAAGGUUGAAAACAGAGAUUCAGUAUUACAUCUAGUUCAGGACUAGACUUCAGCCUGUUAAACACAACCUCACGUAACUGCCAUUUAUAACAGUCUCUUCUUCAUCUUCUUCAAAAAUUUUGAAAGGUCUUUACUAGAACAUAUUACAAGAACAAAGGUGCUCAUCAUAUUGUUUACACACCAGCCCAGAUCUUUCUCAGAUAUCGCAUGCAGGACAGUAGAUCCUCUUACACUCCCAUGAUCACCAGCUGGUUUCUCCAUCACACACACACAUGGGUGGGUAAAUAAUUAAGAGAUGGUGAUGAAUUAACCAGUGGAUUAUGUGAGGUCGGGGCAGGAAAUGGGCGGUCUGAUUUCAGGUGAGAACUGGGUCGUGUUUUUGUUUCCACUCUGAAUUCAGGGCAGGUUUAACAGCGAAAGCCCAAACAGGGGAAAGGUUACUAAAGUGAGCA